UCGGCUCUGCGGGUUUUAGGUCUUUUUACACCUAUAUCGCCUCUCCUGUCUUGCAUUUAAGAGAGAGAGGGAGAAGACAGAGGCGCGAUUCUAAAGCCUUUCACCAGUUGAGCUGCGUCCGUACGUCAAUGGCGUUCGUUUCUUUCGUUGGGAGAGUUCUCUUUGCUUCUGUCUUCAUUCUCUCUGCUUGGCAAGAGUUUAAUGAAUUUGGUGUUGAUGGAGGGCCUGCAGCAGAGUCAUUGGCCCCGAAGUUAGAUGUUUUCUCUAAACAUGUGUCAGCUAAUGUUGGGGUCCAAGUGCCAGAAGUAGAAAUUAAAAAUUUAGUGGCUGCAUCUAUAGGUUUGAAAGGCCUUGGAGGCCUUCUUUUUAUCUUUGGCAGUUCUCUUGGAGCGCAUCUCUUGCUUCUUCAUCAGGCAAUCGUCAUUCCUAUCUUGUAUGACUUUUACAACUAUGAUGUUGACAAGAAAGAAUUUGUUGUACUCUUCCUCAAGUUCACUCAGAAUUUGGCACUGUUCGGAGCAUUGCUUUUUUUCAUAGGCAUGAAGAACUCAAUGCCCAGGAGACAACUCAAGAAGAAGGCUCCAAAGGCAAAAACAGUCUAAAAGUGGACAGAUUGGGUAUAUAGUUCCUGAUCAAGUUGUAUGAUGGUCACGAUGCCAGCCAGCCGAGAUAUUGUUCAGGACCUAGUUUUGUAUGCUUAUAUUGGAGGUUCUUUUUUCUUUUGGUUUUGCCCCUUCCAGUUCACAUGGAAGAUUUUACUUAUUUCCUUUGAGGGUGUGAUUUUGUUUCUUGUUAGGCCUGUUUUAUGGAUAUUUAAAAAUCGAGGUUUAGAGGCAUUUAUGAUCCAUGAAAAUUUACAGUGUUUCUCUGCU